GUUGGGAGCGCACAUUUUGAGGUUUGGUGAGGCUUUUAUUCUGAAGGUCACGGGCUCUCAAAGGUGAAACAAUCAGCUGAUCGCUCACAGCUGAGCUUUGGUGUCGGUGUCUUUGGUGCCGUCACUGAUUAAAACGAGCCGUGGACACCGUUAGUGAUUUGUUCCUGCAGGCGCUGAAAGUCAUUUGGAAAGUGAAACCAGACCAAGGUUUACAGACGAAACAAAAACUGGCAUGGCCCCGACACUGUAUGAUGAGAAACCAGAGCCUGGGGACCUGAUUGAGAUCUUCCGGGGCUCCUAUCAGCACUGGGCUGUAUAUGUUGGGGAUGGCUUCGUUGUUCAUUUGACAACACCCUCCGAGGUCCCGGGAGCAGGCGCCAGCAGCGUGAUGUCUGUCCUGGCUGAGAAGGCCAUGGUGAAGAGAGAGGAGCUGUGGGACGUGGUGGGAACCGACGAGUGGAAAAUCAACAACAGCCUGGACAAGGAGUACAAUCCCCGCUCGGUCCGCGUCAUUGUGAGGGAGGCCUGUGCGCUGGUGGGCACGGAGCUGCCGUACUGUGUCUUCAGGGGGAACUGUGAGCACUUUGCAAACGAGCUACGCUACGGAAAAGCAGAGUCCCGGCAGGUGCGUCAGGCACGAGACACAGUCGUGGUCGCAGGUGUGGCUACUAUGGUGGGUUUGGGUAUUGUGGCUCUGGCAGGAGCUCUGUUUGGAGGAAAAAAGGAAAACAAGAACACACAGUGAUGGAAGUCCCGGGUCGCCUGUUCAGGGGCUUGAUUAGCAGAUCACCAGCACACCAGUACUUAUCAUGAUCGCUCACAGAAAACACUAAUUUACACACAAGCAUCUGUGGUUUAGAGAGAAAUUUGGUUGAUUUCUAUCUUGUUUACUCAACCUCCAUCUGUCCCUCAUGCCUUCUUGGGUUUGAAUAACAGUGCAAGGCUGAUUGGUUUGGGAUCAUGGCCCUGUAUUUUUCAAACUUCUUAAAAUUUCUACAGUCAGCACACACAAGCACAGCAAACCAUAUUUCCACUAAUGAAGGUGCCAAGAGGAAAUCUGUUUUUAAAUGUUUUAAUAUGCAGUUUUUUAAGAUGACUGUAGAUAUUUGGAUUGUGAUGGAUAUGAGAUUCACAAGGCUGGGGGAUCUUUUCUUAAAAGAAAAAUAAUUUGCUGGUAGUUGCUUAUGAAGAAAUAUUAGCUACUUGAAUCAAAUCUAAAUGGCUCUGAAUGGUGAUUCUCGUUAGCCAAUACAUUAAUGAGCUUUCCAACAAGAAUAUUUUACAUAAUCAAAAUAAGCUAAUGGGAUUUAUAACACUUUGUCUUCCUCUGACAUUUAAUUGUUUGUAAUUGUUUUGAAUAAAGAAUAAGUUGUGUGAUUCUG